ACUGUUGCAACGCUUCGGGAGAGCGCAGAUACAUAUUGAAUACAUUACAGCAGAGAGGCUUCAUCUAUAGCGCUGGAAGGUUUCGCUACAAUGCAGACGGAUGUGUGUUCUUCUUAACGCCUUAACAAGUUGGAGCACAGUAUCGGUAUCUCGAAAUGCAUGCUGCGACAAACAGUUUCUUCAUUUGUUUCCUCUCCAUACUCGGUCGUAUGUACCAAUGUAGGUAGAAACGGGGGCUGCAGACAGCCGCGGAGCACCUUUACGUGGAGUAAUCUGAAAGUGAAUUGGAUCGUGGGCCUUGCGACGGCACUUUGUGUUUUGCAGACUCGACUCCCACAUUCUUUUACAGUGCGCGAGGAAGCGAGAGGACCGAUUUAGCGAUACAUUGCCGACAAUGAACGUGGAAUUACCUCCAGUUGCAACAUGGCUGCUGCUUAGAUGUUUAUUGGAAAAGUUCAGCCCUGAACAUUAAGAAAGUUUUUAAAAUAAUCCACGUCGCAAGAAAAGAACUUUCCUGUCGUAGCUCUGGACUGGACUGGACUGGACUGGACUACACCGGGAAUCGGAGCGAGUGUAGCUCGCCGUGAUUCAGUUUGGUCCCUGCAUGACAGCAGACCAACACCGAGGGCUUUCCGUGAACACUCUCGCUUUUAACAGCAUCUUCAUCUCGGUCAAAGACUUGUGAUCUUACAGUAGACAAUGCAUUUCUCCAUCCCCGAGACGGAGGUUCGCUCCGAUGAAAAUGGAUCGACUUAUGUGGCUUACAAUAUCCAUGUGAAUGGUGUCUUGCAUUGUCGAGUACGUUACAGCCAACUCCUGGGCCUCCAUGAACAGAUAAAAAAAGAAUAUGGACAUAAUGUGGUGCCAGCUUUUCCACCAAAGAAGAUCUUCACCCUCACACCGGCUGAAGUCGAUCAGAGGAGAGAACAGCUAGAGAAAUACAUGCAAGCUGUGCGUCAGGACCCCAUUCUGGGAUCCAGUGAGAUGUUCAACAGCUUUUUGAGAAAAGCUCAACAGGAGACCCAGCAGAUUCCCACUGAGGAGGUGCAGCUAGAAAUCUACCUGUUCAAUGGCCAGAAGGUCAAAGUCAACAUCCUCACAUCGGACCAGACUGAAGAUGUUCUGGAGGCUGUGGCCUCAAAGCUCGACCUUCCUGAUGAGCUGGUGGGAUAUUUCAGCCUCUUCCUGGUUCAGGAGAGGGGGGAUGGGGGCUGCACGUACGUGAGAAAACUGCAAGAAUUUGAGCUGCCCUACGUGUCCAUCACCAGCCUACAUAGUCCCGACUACCGUAUCGUCCUCCGUAAAAGCUACUGGGACACAGCUUACGACAGUGAUGUCAUGGAUGACCGUGUGGGACUCAACUUGUUAUAUGCUCAGACGGUGUCUGACGUAGAGCGGGGAUGGAUCCUCGUGAACAAAGAGCAGCACAGACAGCUGAAAUCCCUGCAGGAGAAAGGCUCAAAGAAGGAGUUCAUCAGAUUGGCUCAGACUCUGAAGUACUAUGGCUAUAUCAAGUUUGAUCCCUGCAUCACAGAUUUUCCUGAGAAGGGCUGUCAUGUUAUAGUUGGUGCCGGCAACAACGAACUCAACUUUCACGUCAAACUGCCCAGUGAUCAGAUGAAAGAGGGCAGCUUCAAAGUCACACGCAUGAGAUGCUGGCGGGUCACCUCAUCUCAGGUGCCUGUGGCGAACGGUACCGCAAACCCAAGCAGUUCCAGUAAAUGUGACGUGAAACUAGAACUGGCCUUUGAGUACUUGAUGAGCAAAGACCGUCUGCAGUGGGUCACCAUCACCAGUCCACAGGCUAUCAUGAUGAGUAUCUGUCUGCAGUCUAUGGUAGAUGAGCUGAUGGUGAAGAAAUCUGGCGGAAGCAUUAAAAAGCAGAUGCAGAAGAAGCGACUGAACGGCUCGUUCCAGCGCUCUGACAGUCAGCAAGCUGUGAAGUCUCCUCCAUUACUGGAUUCCCCUGAUCCCAGCCGUGAACAAGUAGUCAAACUUUCUACCAAGCUGUCUUCUGUCUCCCUGAGAGGACUUAGUUCUUCCAACUCAGCCAGUGACAUCAGUGGCAAUGAUUUCCAUGGAAACUACGCCUUUGAAGGAAUAGGGGACGAUGACCUGUGAUGGAGUUAUCCUCAAAGACUGGACUAAAGGAGACCGAUUCAUUUAGCAGUUUCUCUGCGAUGAGUGUAGUUUAAUGUGCCCCUAUUAUGCCAUUUUUAAGGUUGCUAAUAUUGUUUUAUGAGUCUCCUAAAACAGGUUUAC